AGCAAAUCUUAAGCAGUGGUUGUUGAGGUUAAAACAAAAGGCUUUUUAUGUUAAGAUUCUGCUAGCAACAGGAAACUGAUUUCGUGUUGACAGGAUUUACACUUAAAGAGAGACCUGAACCCUUGCUGAAACUAAGAUGCAAAAACCAAAGGAUGUGACCACACGCGGCACAGCUGUGAGACCCUCUGUGCAGAUUAUGGGUACGAGUGCCAGUGCAACUUCCCAGGCUGCUCCGUUUGCACCUACACACCAGGCCGAUCACCAAGGGAACGUCAUGGCUGAGCACAGACGCUCACUACAGUCGGUGAACAUUCGCAACAGCAAAGCCAAAUCCAUCAUCACAAACAAGGUGGCCCCUGUUGUCAUCACAAAUAACUGCAGGGAAGAGUUUCAGAUUCAUGACAAGAUCCAAUCUGCCAACUACUCAAUGGGAAGGAUAUCUGACCUGUUGCCGGAGCACUACCUAGUGCUGGGGGAGUUUUUUAUGGUACAGGAUGUAUACAAUAGAGCUGAUGUCUUAAAUACUACAAACAUCCAUGGGGCCCCCAACUUCCGCAAGGUCAAGGGAAACUACCCCCUUUUUGGAAUGGGCCAACCUAGCCUGAAUGGUUUCAAACAGGUCCUCCAGAGAUUGCAGAUUGACGGCUGUGAGGAGGUGAUUUUCAUCUGUGUGAGGGAGGAACCAGUGGUCUUCUUCCAUUCAGAUGGAGACUUUAUUCCGUACACUCCCAGAGGAAGAGAGAACCUACAUGAGAACCUGCAUGACCUAGACAGAGAGCUCAGCCCAGAGAAAAUAGAGCUCUCCAUCCGGAAAGAGUUGUGUGACUUUGCAAAGCUGAGUGAAAAUAUGUUCUAUGUCUAUAAUGACAUUGAGCAUUUUAAAGAUGAACCUCAGCAGGUUCAGAUUCUGUCAGAGGAGGACAUUCAUGUCACUGAGGAGGUCUACAAAAGACCACUUUUCAUUCAACCACUGCACAGAUAUUACAGAUUGCCGCUCCCUAUGGAAGGGGCCCCACUGGAGGAGACAUUUGAUGCCUUUGUUAAUAUACUCAGGGAGACCCCAAACCUCUCUUUGAUGCGGGACAGCUCCAGACCUCUGCCUGCACUGCUUUUCAGCUGCCAGGUGGGGGUGGGACGCACCAAUCUUGGCUUAAUCCUGGGAGCCAUAGUCUUCCAUCACCUGCAGGGGGCAUCAGAGAGCCCCAGGCAAGAAAUACAGAAGAGUGAACACAAAUUGGAUUUCCAAGUGAUUGAGUUGCUAAUCAGUCGCCUACCUAAAGGUCAACAAGUCCUUGAUGAGGUUGAUGAUGCUAUUGCCAUGUGCUCUGAGAUGCAUAAUAUAAAAGAUGCUGUGUAUGAAAACAAACUGAAUCUUGAAGGCACUGGCGAAGAUUACCAGAUUCAAGGAAACAGCACAAAAGGCUAUUUCCUGCAAAGAACACUGCAAAGUCUUGAACGCUAUGUGUACCUACUAGUAUUUAAUGCAUAUCUUCACGAUCAGUAUCCACAGGCAUUUCCUCAGAGCUUCAGUCAGUGGCUGUGUAUGAACGCUUGGAUCUACAGGCUGCUGGCCAGCAUGGAUAGCUCUGAACUCUCAGCACCAGCCAGCCUUAUAACUGAUGGGAUUCGAGUUCUGGUGUCCAGUCAGUUUUUAGCGACAGAUCUGCUCAGUACAGCCAAGGAGAUGAAAGUGGCCAAUUUCAGACGUGUUUCCAAAAUGGCUCUAUAUGGGAUGGCCCAGCCAAACUCUGAGGCUCUGGCUGUCGUGAUGUCCUACCUGACAGACCAGAGGCGAGGGCACUCUACAAUUCUCUGGCUGAAUCUGCAGGAGGAGCUUGUGCUGGAGGCAAACGGACAAAUGUUCACCCCACGAGAGCCAGGCUGUCUGGAACAGCCUAUUCCAGUCUGUGUUCAACAUCCACAGAAGCUCCAGGAAAUGGAGCUGGCACUGAAGCAGGACAUCCUGAGGUGUGAGAAAUGGCUGGAGGUGAUUACAGAGCAGGAUAAACAGAUGAGGAUGUUUAAGAGUUGUCACACCAAUGAGGAGCUCUUUGUCCAUCGGAAGAGUGUUCAUCCAGGUCUCAGCUACCAACGGAUUCCCCUGUCUGACUAUUGCGCACCUAAAGAAGAGGUUUUUGACCAGUUGUUGGAGGCCAUGAAGAGCAGUCUGGCUGAAGACCCCAACUGUGCUUUCAUCUUCAACUGUCAUGAUGGGAAAGACCGAACUACUGCAGCCAUGGUCAUCGCCACUCUCACCCUGUGGCACAUUAAUGGCUUUCCUGAGUGUGAAGAAGAUGAGAUUGUAAGUGUUCCCGACGCCAAGUACACCAAAGGAGAGUUUGAGGUGGUGAUGCAGGUGGUAAGGGUGUUACCUGAUGGCCAUCGUGUGAAGAGAGAAGUGGACGUCGCUCUGGAUGUUGUUAGUGAGACGAUGACCCCCAUGCAUUACCAUUUACGGGAAAUCAUCAUAUCCACUUACAGACAGAUUAAGAUGGCUAAAUCAGAGGCUGAUGCUCAGUGGUUGCGGUUAAGGAGCCUGCAGUACCUCGAGCGUUACAUUUAUCUCACCCUGUUCAACUGCUACCUCCACCUGGAGAAGAAAGACUCCUGGAGGCGAUCCUUCAGCCAGUGGAUGUACCAGGUGGCGGCUAGAGCUGGUGUGUAUGCCAUCCUCAACCAUCUGGGCUUUUCUGAGUUUGAGAACCCUGACGACUCUCCGAUGGCAAGGUUCCGUUUCCGCUGGCUCCCACACAGUGUCCAGUUUAUUCCCAUGCGAGGGCAACUUAUUUAGAAAGGCACAGUAUGUUGAACUAAUUGCUGACUCGCAUUUCAUAAAUAUUUUUUUAUUACAAUUUCUGUCAGACUCAUUAAAUCAAGUGAUUUAAUGCAUCCUGUUAUCUUAUUUACAUGUUUGACUCUAUCUUUAGCUUGGCAGUGUUAUAUUUUGUCCUCGUAAAAUAUAAGACAACAAACACAGAAAAUUGUUAACCUAAUAAACCACACAUUAAUGCUAAUAAAAGUUUUAAUGCUGACCUUUAAAAGGUACAUUUGCACACUGUUAUAAAAAUGUCACCUCAUUUGUAUAUAAAACAUUUAAUUACUUGAGAUUUUACUUAAUGUGACGGUCUUGCUGGAUGAUCAUUUGCAUUCAUGUAAAUGUAAAUGUUUGUUAUUAAA